AUGGGAAUUCUUCAAACACUUUUCCACGCGGAAGAAGACAUCCAAGGUUCUAAAUCCAGAGCCGUUUUCAUUGGGCUUUUUGUAGCCUUUGGGGGUAUUCUUUUUGGAUACGGCACUGGUACCAUUUCAGGUGUUUUAGCCAUGGACUACGUGAAAGAGCAUUUCACUUCUCGUGGUCACUUCACGGCAAAUGAAACCUCGUUGAUCACUGCUAUUUUGUCUGCUGGUACAUUCUGCGGCGCUAUUUUGGCGCCUCUCGCAUCAGACACUUUAGGUCGCAGACUUGGUCUCAUUAUCUCAAGCAUUAUUUUUUCUGUUGGUGUUAUCUUGCAAAUUGCAUCCUCAGGACAGGGUCUAUUGGUUGCUGGCAGAGUCAUUGCUGGCGCGGGUGUUGGUAUUUUGUCAGCUAUUGUCCCACUAUACCAGGCAGAAGCAUCUCCAAAAUGGAUCAGAGGCGCUGUGACAUCGUGCUACCAAUGGGCUAUUACUAUUGGUCUAUUACUUGCUGCUUGUGUUAACCAGGGCACUCAUGCCAGAAAUGACUCUGGUUCUUACAGGAUUCCAAUUGCCAUUCAGCUCUUAUGGGCUUUGAUUCUAUUUGUCGGUAUGCUCAUUCUACCUGAAUCUCCACGCUUUUUCGUCAUGAAAGGGAAAAUACCUGAGGCAAGCAAGGCACUUGCCAAACUAAGGGGACUACCACAAGAACAUGAAUCUAUUGAAGCGGAACUUGAGGAAAUCAUCGUUAACUACAAUUACGAAAGUUCCGUAAGCUCAUCAUCGAUUUUUGACUGUUUCAAACCAACCAAUCAUCAGUUGAAACGUAUCCUCAUUGGUAUUGCCAUCCAAGGUCUACAACAACUAACCGGUAUCAAUUUCAUUUUCUACUACGGUACUCAGUUUUUCCAAAACUCUGGCAUCAAGGACCCUUUCAUCAUUCAACUUAUUAUGAACGUUGUCAACGUUGUGAUGACCAUUCCAGGUAUUGCAUUGGUGGAAAUUGCGGGUAGAAGAAACUUGCUCCUAUGGGGUGCCGUUGGUAUGUGCGUCAGUGAGCUCAUUGUCGCAUCCGUUGGUACCGCGCUACCAAACAGCUUUUCAGCCAACAAGACUUUGAUUGCGUUCUCUUGUACCUUCAUUGCCUCUUUUGCAUCUACAUGGGGUCCCUUGGCUUGGGUGGUCGUUGGUGAAAUUUUCCCAUUGACCGUUAGAGCCAAAUCUGUUGCUGUAUGUGCUGCUUCAAACUGGCUGUUCAAUUUUGCCAUUGCCUACGCUACCCCAUACCUUGUCGACAGCGAACAUGCAAACCUACAAUCCAAAGUUUUCUUCAUCUGGGGAGGUUGCACAUUCUUGUGCUUCGUGUUCGUCUACUUUUUCAUUUACGAAACCAAGGGUCUCACUCUUGAACAGAUUGACGAAUUAUUCGAAACUUGUCCAAGCGCUCGUCACUCGAAGAAGUUUGUACCAUCUACAAGUUCUGCGAAUCACAGCGAUACUUGUUCGGACGCUGGCAAAGGUGUCGUUGAAGUUGUAGAGAAGGUUUGA